GCUGACUGUUUACAGCCAAGUUCUCCCCCCUUGCCUGCUCCAGUUUUGCUCAUUUGCAGUUUUCAGAACCAGAGGAUUCCAGGUUUAUCUGGGGCAGGGCGUGUGCCCUGCCGCUCACCGCCUUCCAGGUGGGGGUCAUCCACCCACCAGUCCCACUUCCCUUCUCCCUACCCCUCUGGUCUUCGGCUCCAUUCCAUGGGGGUGGAUGGCAUGUAUGAGAAGAGCAGAAUGCUGAACAUCCAGAACAGCACAUGGGGCAGUCGUCAGGAGUGGUACCAAGACAGCUUGGUGACAGGGCCACCCAACCCAGAUAGCUGCCAGCAGCUGGACAGUGGUCUGGACCCUGAGCACCCGCAAGGUACAAGCAGCCAAGACCUAGAUGAAUCCCAAAUCCGGUUGCAACUGAAGCGCAAAUUGCAAAGGAACCGGACCUCUUUUACACAGGAGCAGAUAGAGGCGUUGGAGAAAGAAUUUGAGCGCACUCAUUACCCUGACGUCUUUGCCCGUGAACGCCUGGCAGCAAAAAUUGAUCUCCCGGAGGCCCGGAUCCAGGUCUGGUUCUCCAACCGCCGUGCCAAGUGGCGUCGGGAGGAGAAACUGCGGAACCAAAGACGCCAAGCAGGGGGCGCUGGGGGGCACCUGACCAUAAACAGCAGUUUUGGCACUGGGGGAAGCAGUGUCUAUCAGUCCCUCCCACAGCGUACUGGAUCAGGCACUAUGUUGAGCCAUACAGAAAGUGCCCUCAGCAACAACUAUGGUGCCCUUCCACCCUUACCUACUUUCUCCAUGGCCAACAGUCUCCCUAUCCAGGCAGUGCCCCCUGUGGCCAGCCAAACGUCGUCUUAUUCCUGCAUGCUGCCUGGAAGUUCGUCUGUGCGGAGCUACGAUUCUUACACGCCCUCCCAGCUCCCGUCUCAUAACCUGAGCUCCAGCAAUGGGGCCUCUACCGGGUUAAUCUCUCCAGGAGUUUCAGUUCCUGUACAAGUCCCAGGCGGGGACCCUGAUCUUUCCCAGUACUGGCCAAGACUGCAGUGAAGGAAGACAUGAAGGUGAAAAGUGGAAGGCAGAAGGAAAGCGGGAGAUGAGUGAAGAGGAAGGGCCUUUUUCUCCACAGGGUUAAAACAGCUAUGGGUCACAAUAUCUGGGAGUAGGGAACAGUAGAGAGGGGAAGUCUUCCUCAACUUCAUGUAUCUAUGUUAAGCAACCAUGUCUUUGUUGGGACUAAGCCCUUCCCCUUUCCCUCAGUGUGCACGCUUAUGCGCCAUGGGGGAAGGAGGACUGUCCCACAGUUGUCUGUACCUUCCCUGUUCUCCAUCCUGUCUUAUGACUUUCUUCUUCCCUUCCUUGUCCACCCUUCCUUUCCCAUCCUUGAAGAAGGCAGUGAGGACUGGAAAAAGCUGCUGCAAGUUUGAUGGGAAGAGAAAGCCAACUUCUUUAGGGAGCCAGAACAAAGGAAUUGUGGGAAGGAAAAAAAUCAACAUCACCCUCCUCUCUUAGGGAACUGAUACAAAUAACAAUAGGAGCCUAAAAGAACCAUAAAAGCAGAAAACUGAAAGCUAGAGCUCAUAUUGGGAGAAGGGAAAGCCAGCAAUUCAUUGAAAUUCUUUGCAAAGGAUUAGCAAAGAAGGGAAAAAAACACAAGUAAAAUAUUCU